ACAUGUCUACUGAGAGAGAUGCUCUGCUGGACAAUGCCUACCCUGAGCUGCAGGCUUUCUGCCAGACUCUGGGCCUGGUGUUUGAGGUAGUGGAUAUGCGAUGGGGAGUGCGUGAUGCGAUAGCUGUGGAUCACAUGACAACUGAACUGUGCUUAAGGGAGAUACAGUCCUGCCAGAGAGUGUCUGUGGGGCCGAUCUUCACUGCUCUGAUUGGAAACCGCUAUGGUUACCGCCCCAUUCCCAGAGUCAUUGAAGAACAGGAGUUUGAGCUUCUUCUGUCCAAACUGAGCGCAGAUGAAAGUGCUACUCAGCUCCUCAAAGACUGGUUCUGGAAGGAUGAGAACUCAGUGCCCCCUGCCUACAUCCUGCAGCCCAUCACCACCCACCUGCCCCACUACAGCGACACCAGACCUGAGAGCCGGCUGCAGCACCAGCACGAUGUCGCGACAUGGUGGAGCACCGAGACACAACUUUCUCGUCUCCUCCGAGCAGCAGCUCUCCAGGCAGAGAAGGAGGGGGAGUUCAGCAGGGAGCUGAGGCACAGGUUCUUCAAAUCAGUUACUGAAUGGGAAAUUGAACAGGGUCUCCUAGCUAGCCAGCAGAGCAAUGCCUGCGUGCAUCUCUUUCUUCGAGAGCUGCCUGAUCUCAGUGGCUCUGUAAGUCACAAGAGUUCUUCCCAGUUUAUCGAUAUCAAGGAAGAUGGCUACAUCGACACUGAAGCCCAGGAACUUCUUUCCAGCCUAAAAAUGAAGAUUUGUAACAACAAUUCCAUCAAACUCAACGUGCACACUGUAGAAUUCAACACAUUGACAGACCCCUGCAACAAGGCACACGCCCAGUACCUUCAGACACUCUGCCAGCAGUUCGUCUCUGAGAUGAAACAGCAGAUUCUCCAAAGACACCAAAAGAGCCGGGCAGAAGAGAAGUGGGCUUGGCUUCUACAGGAGGUCGCCCAUCACAUGGCUUUGAGUGCCUCCAAAUGUGCUGUCUUCUGUGGCCGAGCAGACCUGCUAAACAGCAUCUGUGAAACCACCAAGGAGCAGGAUUCUGGCCACCAUGCUCCGCUGGUCGUCUUUGGUCCUUCUGGAAUAGGAAAGACCUCAUUGAUGUGCAAACUGUCCCAGGAACUCCGUCACACACUCGGGGAGGACUCUGUUCUGGUUUUGAGGCUUCUGGGAACAUCUCCCAUGAGUUCGGAGAUCCACUCCGUUCUGAAAAGCAUUUGCUUCCAAAUUUGUGCGGCUUAUGGGUUAAAGCAUCCCACUCUCCAAACAGUCAACGCGUACGAAGACCUUGUCCGUUUCUUUCAUAGCACGCUAGUGGCUGCCUCCCAGAAGAAGGCAGGAUCGUUGGUCCUGAUUCUGGAUUCCCUGGACCAGCUUUCCCCUACUGAUGGAGCUCACAGACUGCACUGGCUACCCAAGGAGUGUUCCAAAGGGGUCCACAUCAUCGUCUCCACUCUGGGGGAUGGGAAUCCCAUUCUAAAGGUCCUCCUUGGUGGGAUCCAGAACCCAGACAGUUACUUUGCUGUGGGGCAGUUGUCUCUCCAGCAAGGUGAGCAGGUGAUUCACACAUACAUGGCGGCGGCAGGGCGCAGUCUCACCCCUGCCCAGCACAGUCUCAUUCUCAGCAGCUUCAAUCAGUGUGGGCACCCAUUCCUGCUGAAGCUGGCACUGGAUGCUGCCAGGCAGUGGACCUCCUACACACCUGUGCCAGAGCUCCAGGGGGCCACGUCGACCAAGGAAGCCGUGUCCCAACUUUACGAGCGUCUUGAGAAACAGCACGGGAAGGUCCUUGUGACCCACGCUUUGGGGUUCAUUGUAUCGUCAAGGAGUGGUCUGACGGAGGCAGAGCUAAGGGACAUCCUGUCUGUGGAUGACGAGGUUCUGGCUGAUAUCUACCAGUACUGGCCUCCUCCCAGUCGCAGUAUGAUCCGCCUGCCCCCGCUACUCUGGACUCGACUGCGCUACGACCUAGGGGAAUACCUGGUGGAGAGGCAGGUGGAUGGAAACAAAGUGUUGGGACUCUACCAUAGGCAGUUCAUAGAAAUGGUCCAGGAAAGAUACUUGUCUGCAGAGCAGAAAUCCCGAAGACAUCAUGUCUUGGCAGAUUUCUUUAAAGGAACGUGGAGUCAGGGAGUGAGGAAACCGAUCUGUCUGCCUUCUCUGAAAACCAGUCUGAAUGCUGACCGAAAGGUGGCCUCUCAGCCUCUGUGGUUCACUGACAAUGUGGCCAAUCUGAGGAAGCUUCGGGAACUGCCUUUCCAUCUGCUGCAUGCCGGCCGCAGAGACGAGCUCAAACACAGCUUCAUUGGUAAUAUGGAAUGGCUUGUUUGUAAGACUCGGGCCUGUGGAAUUAGAAGUGUCAUUGAAGACCUGUGCAUGUGCGCUGAACAUACUGACUGCCCUGAAGUGCGGCUUGUGAGAGAUGCAUUUCUCCUUUUCAAACCAACCGUGGAUUUCAUCGAGGGACAAAUGGAUAGUUGUCUGCUGUACACCGAGCUUCUUGCCAGACUCCACUUCUUUGCGGACUCAUACUCUCUGAUCGGGUCCCUGUGCUCACAGUGCAGUGACUUUCUCAGCACCUCUCCCAACCCCACCCUCAUCCCCCUGUCUGGAUUCUUUCAGCCCCCUGGCGGGCCAUUAAAGACCACCCUGACUGGAUUUAAUAAAGGUAUCACAGUGCUGGAGCUGUGCUCACAGUCCAGGCUGCUGCUGGUCGGAGCGGAGGACGGCAGAAUGAUUGUGUGGAAUGUGAACGACACUGAAGUGAUCCACACCCUGACCGGACACACGGCGGAGGUGCAGUGUGUCAGGGUAAUUGGAAAGGGAUCUCGCUGUGUGUCCAGCUCCUGUGAUCAAACUCUGCGUGUGUGGAGCCUGGUGACCGGGAAGCAGCUUCACUGCAUCAAGGAGGGACCUCGCGGCCCCCAGAACUGUGCCCUGCUUCACAUGGAGGAGGAGAGGGGCAUCAUAUACUCCAGGACCACCGCUCAGUUGAAUGCCUGGCAGCUGGAGACUGGAGCUCUGCUCUUCUGCAUUGACUCGGAGACCGCUGUGUUCACUGUGAUCCCUGGGGGCGAUGAGCCUGGCAUAGCCCUUGCUGAAGGAGGCCUGCUCACAUUGUGGGACAGAGGCACUGGCCAGUUAGGAAUGACCUCUAAGCUCUGCCACCUGGGACGAGCCGUGCCCACAUGCACCCUGCCACUGAGAACACACAGGAGACUAGCAGCCGGGUUCAGCGAUGGAUCAAUUUCUACAGAUGGCAGGUUCGAUGCUCAGAAAGUUGCUUCUUCGAUUUCAUUUCUUGUUGUUGCUAAAGACGAGAGAUUCCUUUGUGCAGGCCAUGGCAGGAGUGUUGCAGUGUUCCAGUUAGACCCCUCCCUGAUGAAGCGAUGCUUUGUGAAUGACCUGGAGCAUGAAGACACUGCGCUGACAGCAGCUGUGGGCACCACACAAGGAGUUCUGAUCACAGGCUCAAAGAAUGAAGUGAUACGGGUGUGGAGUUUGUCCAGCGGUGUGCUGCUGGACUCGUUCUCUGGGAUGGGGGUCUCGGUCACUGCGCUGGUGUUGGUGGAGGACACUCUCAUCUCUGCUUCAAGACAUGCCUAUUACCUGAAGCUCUGGCAUCUUCAAUACGACCGGAGGAACAAGACCACUGCCCCUGUCCCCGCCUGCAGCCUGCUCACAGCCGUGUCACACCGCGGGGAGUAUGUGUACUUCCUGAAACCCGGAGACAGAAAGAAAGUUGUUGUGUGGGACUAUCUGCAAGGUUCUUCUGUUGAUACGAUUGACACAUCAGCAGAGGUGUGCUGUCUGGAAGUGGCUCAGCUGAAGAAACUGCUCUUCUGUGGAGUGCGAUCAGGAACAGUGCUGGUCUAUCCACUGGAAUUCAGACUCGACGCGAUGUGCAUUCCCCCACCAGAACCGCUCCAGAAGGUGUGCAGCAUUGGGCUCAGCAAACUGGAGGACAGGCUAGCUGUGGCAUACGAGGACACUAUACUUGUAUUUGACAUCAACCCUGGAAAGGAUUACCCAGUUAUCCCAGGGCCUAUUCACAAACUAACUGCCCCUCAGCACACUGUGUCCAGUAUUGCGGUGCUGUCAGACUGCAGUCUUCUCUGUGGCUUGGAGAGUGGGGAGGUGUCUUUCCUAAAGGACUCGAUUGCAGUUCCUCUUCAGGCCCACUCCAGUCAGAUCACUUGCCUAGCCAUCAGUAACCACGAAAUCCACGCGUUUGUAGGCUCUCAGGAUUCAAUACAAAGACUGUGGAACUUAAAACUGGGCCUGCUGGAUCAUGAGAUGAAAUACAAGAGCUUCUUUUUCGAGGGGAUUCUCUGCGCUGCGUUCUCUCAGGAUGAUCAGUAUGUUUACACUGGAUCCCAUGAUAGGUCCAUUAAAGUGUGGCACACUGGGAACGGGAGCCUGCUAGCAGUGCAGUAUGUCUACGCUUCAGUCCCCAGGAUAGUAGCCACGCCAGAGGGGUUCAUUGCAGUCUCACACCUGGGGUACAUAAUCAAGGAGAGAUUCAUCAGCCCCGAGAGAAUCCGAGCCCAGUACAACCCACUGCAGAACAGCAGAGACGAAUACACAGUGACCUCCAGAGAGAGAGCAGCUCUGCCACUCCUCAGAGCACCAGCACAGCAGGGCAAGAGCAACAAACCCACACCUCAGAGAUCUCAGUCAUGUGCUGUGUUAUGAGAAGCAAUGAGCACACACAGGGGGCCUCAUGUAAUAAUUAUUACAUGAGGCCUCAUGUAAUAAUCACACACAGGGGCCUCAUGUAAUAAUCACACACAGGGAAACAUAUAAUAAUCACACACAGGGGGCCUCAUGUAAUAAAUCACACACAGAGGAACAUGUAAUAAUCACACACAGAGGGGCCCUCAUGUCAUAAUCAGAUAACCAGAGACACAGGGACCUCAUGUAAUAAUUAUUUGUAUUAUUUGUUUAUUUAGCAGAC